AACUUCUCUUCAUCUUCUCACAUUGUUCUUUCAGUUUUCAUUUCAACCUUGAAGAUCACCAUGAACAUUAUUGAAGUGGUCGACUAUAUUUAUGAUACCGAAGACACCUCGGAAGAGAACAAUCUACGAGGGUAUACAAUAGAAGGAAAUUGGAAAGGAGUUGAGAAUCUAUACAAAUUGGAUCCAAAAUUCAGCACAAUAAAUAUCAAAAGUAGAGGAACAGCACUGCAUGUGGCAGUAAAUGAUAACAAUGGAGAUGUUGUCAGAAAUCUCGUUGCUUCAAUCAUAAGUCACAAUAAUGAGAAGGCCCUUAAAUGUAAGAAUGAAAAGGGUGACACUCCAUUGCACCUUGCAGCAUCAAGAGGAUUCAAAGAUAUAUGCGAAUCUAUUAUUGGAAAAGAUGGUGAAAGGAAGGAAUUGAUUGAUAUCGAUAACAACGCAGGAGAGACUCCUUUGUUUCUUGCUGCACUGUCUUGGCAAAAACAAACGUUUGUUUAUCUCUUGGCAAAAAGAAACAAUGGUGAUUAUCCUCUUUCUAAAGAUCUUAUUAGAAGCAAUGGAGAUAGUAUUCUUCACUGUGCCAUCACGAGAGAAUUUUUCGAUUUGGCGCUUAUAAUAAUAGAUAAAUAUCCCAAUCUUAUUUCCAUUCCGAACAAAGAAGGAUUUAGUCCUCUUAAACUUCUUGCUACAAGGCCCUCAGCUUUCAAAAGUGGAUGCAAGAUGAUAUGGUGGAAGAGGGUGCUGUACCACUGUAUACCUGUGGGAAUCUUAAAUGUGAAAGAAGCUAUAGAAAAUUAUGGCAAGGAACAAGAGUCAUGCUCCCACGACAAAUGUCCAAAGAACUAUGACACAUGUUAUCUCUUUUUUCAAAAAUGUACAGAGAAGCUGAAGGGAAUGCUGAAACAAACUACUUGUACUGCUGAAUUUGGAUCUAAAGAUAUGGGAGAGAAACACAAACUUCUUCCAGAAAACUAUGUUACAUGUCUUUGGUUUAUGAAGUUUGCAUGGAUCUAUAUCCUUGGCCUUUCAGGAGUAGGGGUUGAAGAAAUCAAAAAGAUGAAACAAAAACAUAAAUGGAGUGGCCAACUAUUGAGCAGAUUUAUGGAGAACCCUUAUGAAUCGUGUUUUGGAACCGGCGCCAAACCGAAAGUAGAUGUCAGCGGAACUGAUUUUAUGGCUGCUUACAAGCCAAACCAAGGAGAUAAUAAAAGUGAGGAGCCAAAGAUUUCUACAACGCUAGAAAGUGAGACAACGUUUUUAACAGCAGCAAAAAAUGACAUCGUAAAGAUAGUAGACGAGCUUAUAACAAAAAUCCCAAAGAUUUCUACGAUGCUUAAAAGUGAGACAACAAAUUUAACAGAUGCAAAGAAAGGCAUGGUUGAAAUAGUGGACGAUCUUAUAACAAAAAUACCAAAGAUUUCUGAGACGCUGAAAAGUGAGACAGCGAUUUUGACAGCAGCAAGAAACGGCAUUAUUGAAAUAGUGGAUGAGAUUAUAACAAAAAUACCAAGUUCAAUAUACGAUGUUAACUUGGAAAAUAAAAAUGUAUUACUUGUUGCAGUUGAGAACAGAAGAACCAAUAUUGUUGAGGCAUUAUGGAAACGGUUAGAAAAGUGCAAUAAAAAAGCAAUAUUUGAUAAUUUAAUCCAAGGUGUGGACAAGGAAGACAACACUGUGUUACAUUUAGCAGCAGCAAGAAGUGAUCUAGAUUGGCACAUUUCUGGAGCUGCAUUGCAAAUGAUGUGGCAUAUCAAAUGGUUUCAGUACACUAAAGGACUAGUGCCGGAGCAUUUCACAGUUAGGACAAACAAAAAGGACAAAACAGCAGGAGAAUUAUUCAAGAAAUCUUAUACAGAACUGGUAAAACUAGGUAGUGAGUGGCUGAAAGACACUUCUGAAUCUUGUUCUGUAGUAGCAGCACUCCUUGCUGGCGUUUCCUUUGCUACAUCAAGCACUGUGCCAGGCGGCAACAAAAGUGACACAGGAGAACCAACAUUGGAAGGAAAGCCUGCAUUUGAUGCAUUUGCUAUGUGUUCAAUAACUGGUCUUUGCUUCUCUGUCACUGCACUCAUAAUGUUCCUUUCUAUACUUACUUCUCGAAAAGAAGCCAGAGAUUUCAGAAUUGAUUUGCCAAGGAAGCUUCUUUUGGGAUUGAGUUCUCUUUUCUUGUCGAUUAUUGCAAUGUUCAUCACUUUCUGCUCUGGCCAUUUCUUUUUGAUUGAUCAAAAGUUCAAACACGCUGUGCUUCUGAUUUAUACAGUCACUAGCAUCCCUGUGGCAUUGUAUGCAGUGGCACAACUUCCACUUUACAUUGAUCUUCUGAUAGCUAUUGUAACCGAAGUGCCAAAGACAAGUGGUAAGGGCGAGAACUUGUAAAGGUUCAAAAUGCCUCGAAAAUGGGUUUGGUUUGUUCAAAUAACGAAGGCAGUGACUUCAAUACUACUUACUACCUAUGAUUGGAGAAUUAUAUAUAUAUUUAUUUAUAUGUCAAA